GUCCUGAAUCACUUCCCCUUUGACCGGAUGUCGGCAUUCCAGUUUCCGGUCUAAUCCCCGGUCUCGGUGAAAAUGGCGUUUUCUAGAUGUUUACAAGAGCUGCCCAAGAUAAAUAUCAGCGAUGUUCAUCGUAUUGUUGAUGCCUGGUCCCCUGCUCCGACAAGCAAACGUAACAAGGGAUUUAAAUUGUAUAUCUCAAGUUACCUGCACAACUACGAGGGUGGUCCUGAAAGACUCGUGUCCUGUGGAGCUGAUUCACCACAGCUGUACGUGUGUUGCUGGUGCAGCAUUAUGCAACCACUGUGUGGCUUUGCUGUUCCAGUCAGCACAUUAUUCUGAGCUGAAACUGUCAGUGGUCCCCCCUGUACUAAGCUGUACAGAAGGAGAACAGCAGUGGCACAAGCCCAGAACUUUAGGUAUAAAACCUGGCCCCGUGGACAAGAUGACUGUGCUGUCUGCUAAACCGAAGAGUGGAGCAACAACAGAGGGUGUAAGGAGCACACUCUACAAAGGCCUUAGUGGGGAUUUGCCGGACCUUUCUGUCCUUAGAGUUUCCGAGGUGUAUGAAGAUUUUGCAGCAGCUGAUGCACCAAUGAUCUGCAGCAUGGGAAUCAGCCAUGAAUUUCCCCUUGUUGACUCUGCCCUUGGCAAAGUUCAGGCUGGAAGUCCUCUGUCCUACCAACAGCCAGCAACAGCAAAGAGAGACAUGUCCUUCCAUGCUGCACCACCCCGCCCAUCUCUGCCUCUUAAGAACUACCACCUACAGCCAUCAAAAAGCAUGUUUGUUUGUUCUGAACCACAACAGCUACACCUUAAAAGUAUGGAGGUCACCUGGGACAUGGUGAAUAAACUAAAAAAAACUCAUGUUUACUAUUGGCAGGUUCAGGGGCAGAUGCUAAUAACUGGGAUGAACUGGUGUGAUUUUGUUGUCUCAGCUGAGGAAGAUAUUCUUAUUCAAAGAAUUUAUGCAGACACUAAUGUGAUGGAUUCAAUCAAACACAAAGUAGACAGAUAUUUUUUCUAUGUUUACCUGCAGAAAUGUCUAAAUUAGGAGUUUGAUCAAAUCAAAUGUACAAAUUUGUUUCAAAAUAUUUCCAUCAUGAAUAUCUAUUUACAAAUGUAAGACAAUGUCAAUGUAAGUAAAUGACAGCAUUUUCUGUUUCUUCAA